GAUGGCCACAACCAUGAAAGCAUGGCACGCCCCGCGCAAUUCCUCCGCCGGACUCGAAAAAGAACUCUAUCUUCCGCCCACGACCCCAAAGCCCACCCUGUCUACCCCUUCUCAAAUGCUUGUCCGCGUCCAUGCCGCCUCCAUCAACCCAGCCGAUCACAAAGUCCCCGAAACCCGACUCCUCGCACACAUCUCGCUCCCAGAUCCCUUCACUCCAGGCCAGGACUUCAGCGGUACGGUGGCUGAACUGGGCUCCGACAUCAAAGACUUCGCUAUCGGCGACGCAGUCUUUGGCUCUCUAUGUGGCAAACUCGGGCGCGGUUCGCUCGGAGAGUACAUCAUCGUCGAACGCGAAAUGGUGGCCAAAAUUCCGUCCAGCUUAGCUACCAACAUGGACGAAUUUGCUGGGAUUGGUGUGGCGGGGUUGACUGCGUUUCAGGCCAUUGUACCAAACGUUUCCGAGGGAAAGAACGAGAAGGUAUUCAUCAACGGUGGGUCCGGCGGCACGGGCGUGUUUGCGAUCCAGAUCGCGAAAGCCUUGGGGUGUUUUGUCACAACUACUUGUUCGGCUACGAAUGUGGAGCUUUGUAAGAGUCUGGGGGCCGACGAGGUGCUGGAUUACACAAAGGUCGAUGUUGUGGAAGAGAUGAAGAAAAAAGGAAAGGUGUAUAAACUUGUCAUGGAUAAUGUGGGGACCCCAGAGAACCUGUAUUGGGCUUCGAAUGCAUUCUUGGUGGAGAAGGACGCCAAGUUUGAACAAAUUGGGGCGAAUUUCAACUUGGGCGAUUUCAAGAGGGUUGGGGGAAACACGUUUCUGCCUGCGUUCUUGGGAGGUGGAAGAAGCAAGUAUGCUGUGUUCUUGGCGAAGCCGAGCAGGAAAGACCUGGAGAGAAUCGCGGGGUGGAUGGAAGAGGGAAAGGUCAAAACAGUGGUGGAUAGCGUCUUCGAAUUCGGAGAUGCUACAGAGGCUUUCAAGAAAUUGAAGACCGGGAGGGCCAAGGGAAAGGUUAUUGUGCGUGUGAGAGAUGAGAAAGAUGGGUGAUCUAAUUCUGGUGGUGUAUUCAGUGUUACCCUACGGGUUGGCGAAACCCAUGGUUCCCUCAUGAUUUCUAUCGUAUCGCGCUCUUU